AUGUUUAACGCAUAUGUCGAUAUCUCCGCUAAUAUUUGUUUCCCCCCGUUAAUUACUUCUCUUCUCUUUCUGAACUCAUUCAACAACAACACACACCCAGCUCAGCUCACCCUUCUUUUCUAUAAUUUCUUCACGUGAAAUCAAUGAAUUCAAACACACAAAUAAUUGAUCCCUUCUAAUUUUCAAUUUUCAUUACUCUCAACCAACCCCUAAUAUUUCACUUCCAACAAUGGCCACCGCAGCAUUCAAAUCCACCACCAAGAGAAUCCCCGUCGGAGCUAACUCCGCCGACGACUCUACUUCCUCUUCAUCCUCCCACCAUCGCCGCUCUCGUAGCCUCAGUCGACCAGCUCGCCCUCUUUCCUCUCGUGACAGUGACUCUGACCGCACUGCGCCUAGAGGGAAAUUCGUCAACACUGUCAGAGGCUCCGGCUUCCCGGAGAUCAGUCUCGACGAUCUCGCUAUUGAGUUUUUUGAAUCCGCGAAUCGCGGACCAGUUGAUUCUAAAAGCUCUGAAUCAGAGUCUACUCCUGCCUCAUCGUUGAGAAGAGGGAGGUCUGUUUCGAGGAGGAGCUCCGGUGUUGGAGAUGAUAGACGGAACAGUAUUGGCGGUGGUGGAAAAACAACCUCCGAUGCAAGUUCGAGAAGAAGAAGAUCACUUUCAGUGGUUAGGUGCCAAAUUAGUGAUUCUGAGAGUGACUUGGAUCGUUCUCAAAAUUCUAAAAGUCGGGCAAAUCCAACAAAUAAUGAUAUUGGGAGCAAGCUAAUGCAAAAGCCAGUUGCUUCAGAUCAAAGACACACGCUGAAAAAGUCCCUUAGUCAAAAGGAUUUGAGAUCAUAUGAUGGCUACUCUAGUCAUUCUUCAGUUCUUACUGACGAUGAAGGAGCUGGUGUUCACUUCAAAAAAAGUGGAAGCGAGAAACUACGAGCAGUUCAUGCGCAAAAGAAGGUUGGACUUGUUGACAUGGCUAAUGGAUUGCACAAAGCAAUGCGGAAAGAAUUGAGGCAUAUGGAAACUGAUGUAGCGGCGGUGAAUUCAAGGGCGUCCCCUUUAUCCUCAGGUAAUCGGUUGCCAUCAGAUAAUUCAGAUUCUAUUCAGGUUGCUUCUUCGGUCAGAAGGAGCUAUGAAUCUGAAUUGGAACAGUCAGAGAAACGAAAACAAGAUUUGUUAGCUGAAAUUGUGUUUGAGGAGCAGCGAGGCAGAGAACUUUCCAAGAUCGUUAAUGAAUUGAGUCCUGCUAAAAAGAGCAAUUCAAGUCCCGCUAAAAAGAGCAAUUCUUUACCAGAACCGCCAAGAGCCCGGAAGAAAAGUAAUGACAGAGGCAGAAUGUCUAUGCGGUUGACUGAGGAGGCUGAGAGAUAUAUUGAAGAUUUUAUUUCAAAUGUUGAAGAUACAGACAUUUCAUCACUUGAUGGAGAAAGGAGUGACACAAGCUCAUCCAUUGGAGGACUGAUAAAACCAGAAACUUUCAGCAGUCCACCAUUGCCUAGAUCUCUACCUGUUUUGAUGGAUGGAAUUACGUUACCAUGGUUGCAAUGGGAAACAAAUAACGAUACUACUCCUAUGGCAACUCUGAACAAGGCGCUUUUGACAUCAACUCCGAAUACUGCUGCAAGUUCCACUCAGGAAAAUUUGAAAGAUCAAAGCAACCAUUCUAUCAGCGGUCGUGGAAGCUGGAGCCCUGAUUACCUUAAGGAGUAUGUUGGAAAGGAUGUAUUCAGUAAGCUUGGAAAAGUUUAUAGCAAUCCAGACGAGUCAUUCUCAGCUAAAUCAAAAGGAUUGAGAUUUGACAUAGAUGAGUAUCUCAAAGUCAAAAGCAAUGAAGAUUUUCUGACUGAGAGAUGGAAGCAACAACAAAGAAUUAACUCGGGCUGUCUCCUAUUAUGUAACAUAAGUAUGUUUUAGUGUACAGAUAAUUGUAAUUAGUCUAGCUAUGUUACCAUAUUUUUUUGAGGCGACUAUGCUGAUAAUAAAUGACAAACAUCAUAUGUGAUAGCCUUUUCUCAUAUUGGUUCAGUAUGAUGGAUUUUUGAAUUGCCUGCAAUAGUUGAGUAUAUGUUUGGAUCCACGUCCAAUGAAGGAAAACGCACGUUCACAUCCAUUUCCACGUUUGCAAUUGCCUCACCGUGGAAACAAACACAUACAUUCAUACAACUAUUUCAGGACCAUGACUUGCUACUGGACAUGGAAUAGUUAUGUAGCUAGUUAAGAACGUACUUUGCCAUGUUUUAUUACAACAAUCCCUUUUCUCUUAUCUA